AUGGGGCUGGGGAGGAAGGAAUUUCCUACAGAAAAAGAAGAGAAGGAGAAGAAGAAAAUAGAAGUAUCUUCUCAGCCGGCACCGAAAUCUGGUGCCCUGCCAGCUGUGCAACCAAAGAAAAAAGAAGGCCUUGAUGUUCUCCUGCCUUCAGAGAAGUACGUUCUUGUGAAAAAAGAAAAGCAGGAGAACAAGAAAGAAGUAGUUUCUCACCCGGCUCCGAAAUCUGUAGAAAUAAAACUACCACUGAAGACAGGACUUCCCACGUUUCAGGACCCACAAGAGAGGAGCCUGUGUGUGGCUGGAGAGGAACAGACAAAAUAUCACCAAGAAAAAAGCAGAGAGAAAAAAGAGAUCACCCCCCUUGGAUCCAGCAAUAAUCCUGGGGAGCACACAGGAUCUACCUGCCACGUGUCACCAUCAGCUGGAAAAGAAGUCCUCAAGGAAGGCACUGAACGCUCUGGGCUGCAGAAGGAAGUUCUUGUGAAAAAAGAAAAGCAGGAGAACAAGGAAGAAAGAGCUUCUGAGCAGGUGCGGAAAUCUGGUGAGAGCCCUGAGUUAGGGAAUAGUGAUGCAGGUUCUUCCUGGAUGUUGUUGGUGUCAGCUGUGUCAGCUGUUCUGCUCAGCCCCCUUCUUGGAGAAAGGGAGCAAGAGGAGGAAGCAUUGUGA